AUGUGUUUCUUCGGUGCCUACCGCUACGCUCUCUGUGGGCACACCGACUUCCAAAUCGUGGUCUUCUGCAAAAACUUUCUGAACCCAGCAACCUUAACUGGCAGUUCUUCAAUAGUACCAGGAGCAACAUGCAUGCCGCGUCUGCGUGACCCUCAACGCAAUGACGCCGGUAAUAUUGUUCAAUACAACGUGGUUCUUCCAGAUCAUGCAAGAGCAGCAACCGCCAGCUACCUGCCUUCGCAACAGCAUCCCCCCCAGGGAUUGCAACAAGCCGAAGACAAAGACAAGAACGGACUGGCUGGCGCACAAAUCUCUAUCCCUGCCUGCAACCCAAGUCAAAUCUCAGGCUUAUGUGCCAACUGCACUGCAACAGCCCAGACACUGACAGAAAUCCACCAAACGCAACCCGAUUUCGGCCUGAGCAGCGAGUAUAUCCUCGAUGCCAGUAGAAUGAACGCGUACUUUCAGUACGUGAAUAAUGGGAACAACAACCUCGACAACUCCCGUGCAGAGCAGCUGUCGACUCUCCCAAGUCAAGCCGGAUAUGUCAACGCCAAUGUCGAUCCUAUGCUCAUGGGCACCACGAACAUGAGCACGAACACGACUAUGAAUGGAAUGGAUGCGGAUAUGCCCGUGCCCGUAGACCCGAGAAUCCUAAACUCAAACGCAGAUGCGAAUCUGACAAACAUGCAUGGACCCAGUAUUAUGGGAAUGGCAGACCAGAAUGGGGAUCAAAACGGAGCUAUGAUCGUUCAACAGCAGCCCCAGACCCUGUACCACAACACACAGGCAAAUUACACCCACAACGGCUAUCCUAUCAGCAGCAGUAGCAACAAUGGCCACUACUACAACACAACCAACAACAGUAUCAACGGCAAUGGCGAUGGCGAUAACACUAUGUAUCAGCAGAACCGUUCUCGAGGUCGUAUCGUCCGAAACCUUGGUAUGCCAGAAGACCCCUUUCUCACGACCAACACCAACGGCCAGCAGGUUGCUAUUCCUCGUCUGUUCCAGAAGACUGCCUCCCCCAAUAAGGAGCGUUCACGGGACAAGAAUGUGAGGUUUGCGGAGCCCAAUGACAACGACCGCAGCAACCUGCCGGCCUAUACGCCCAGCAAGUAUCGGCCCAGUCGGUUGGAAAUGCAGGCACUAAAAUUGAGGAAGGGAGUGCGUCGAUCUGCUGUUGCUGCUACUACUGCAGCAACGGCUGCGAGAAAUAACAGACCACUAGCACCAGCAGAACCAGUACAGCCCACUACUGAGGCUCAGGCAACGACGGUAGAGACUAGGCCUAGACAGCGUGCAAGCACGGUGCAGCGUCUGUCAGAGCGUUGGCAGUCGGCCUUGAGGUCGAGAUCGAAGGCUUCGACCAGUGACUCUGCUGUCAAGAAUGAGGAGCCAGCUGACAAGGCUGAGGGGGGAGAGGAUUGA